CUUGGGGGGGGGGGGGGGGGGGCAAAGCCGCGAGGGGAUAGGCAGAUGGGCACAGGUAGACAGGACAAGGAUCGGAAUUAGUCACGCACCCAGGAGGAGAACCAGGGGGGACGGAGAGAGAGCCAGAGAGGGACGAGGAAACCUUUCUUCUUCCUCGCCGCCUCCUCUUUUCCUGGUCGCGUCUUCUUGGUUCCUGAAUCCGCCGGCGAGUUCUUGCGUCCGGGAGUGUCAAUCUGCAUCUUUUUUCUCUCCUCCUGUUCCGAACCCGUGUAACCGAAGAACUCAAUCAAAUCGAAUUGGAAAAGAACGUAAAUUUUAAUCUGCUAGGGGAGGGGGCAAGGGCGGGCGGGCGGUCUUGACAGGGGGCAAGGCGGGCCGGCCGAUUGAUCGGCGAUGGCGCCGCCGUCCAGGGACUACUGGCUCGGCUUCUUCCGCGGCGCGGGGGACAGCAUCUUCGACGCCAUCGACGCGGCCAUCACCGUCGCCGCGUCCGACCAUCCGGGCGCCCUCCGCGAGCGCCGGGACGGCAUCGCCGAGCGCCUCUUCACCGCGCUCCUGGUGACCGGCGCCACGGCGGCGCCCGGGGCGGCGGCGGUCGCGGGGGCGGCGGCGGGGACCCCCGUGGCGGGGGCGCCCACGCCGGCUCAGCUCCACCACGAGGGCGCCGCCAGCGUGCCCAGCCUCUGCAGCUCCGACCGAGCCGAGGCCAUCACCGACGACGGCGCGCCGCGCUGCGACGAUCCCGUCCUCGCUGAGACCGAGCGCAUCAAGGCCAUCCUCCUCAACGACCAAGAAAAGUCGGAGGCCGAGUUGUUGGAGCUGCUCCGGAGGCUGCAGGAGUUGGACUUAGCGUUCGACACCUUGGAUGUUACUGCGAUUGGCAAGGCUGUGGCCAACUUCCGCAAGCACAGCUCCAAGCAGAUUCGGAACCUCGUCAGAUCGCUCAUUGAAAGUUGGAAGCAUACAGUUGAUGUGUGGAUUGCUCGCCGCCGAGAGGCUGUUGUAGAUCAAACACCUCAAUCCAUGGGUCCUUCCAGCUUGGAGCAGGAGCGAGGGGUGGCUUCUACCCCCAUGGAUGAAGGCGACCUCUUCGCAACGCCAAGCACUACCAUUAGGCUGUCUGAGGAAAACCAAGGUUCCAAGUUCUCUGAUGGAAUGGAUGAUGAUGGAAGUGUCAUGAACAAUACUGAUAGGGACCGCGGCCAGCAGUAUCCGAUAAACCAAGAACCAGCUAGAAGGCCUCCUCAAAUGGGCCAGCGGUAUGAUCCAGACCCAUAUUGUAGUCAAGAACACACUGCGAUGAGGCAGUCUCGACCACAGGAACUAAGCAAUGGGCAGACGAAAGAGCAAUUUGUUGCUGAGAUGCUUGCAAGACCCUCAAAUGCAGAGUCAGGCCCUGGGAGACCACAGGCAAGGCCUAGGCAGCAUCAACAUGCCUCACCAGCUCAAGGCAGGCCGCAAUCUGUUCCAUCUGAGAAACCGGCGGCCCACCAUGAUGCAAACUCUGUCCGAGCAAAGCUAGAACUCGCCAAGAAUGCGAAGCUAGAGGCCACUAAGAGAAAGCUUCAGGAAGGCUACCAAGAAUUUGAUAAUGCGAAGAAGCAAAGAACCAUACAAAUGGUGGAUCCGCAAAAUCUGCCGAAGCAAGGGAACAACCGGAAUUUCCAACCUAGUGGCAAGCCAAGGAAUAACAGCAACAUCAACAGCAAUCGGAAUUGGUCAAGAUGAGGCACCAAUUCCACUGAGCAGCAGUGACCAUAGAAUUGCAACCAUCAAAUCCCCUUCAAAACUUCAUUCUUCUCCUCUCUUUUUUUUUUGGGUUAUCAUCGACUAAAUUUUUAGUCCAGGCCAGUACAUAAACAUCAGCAAUAAGGCUUGGUUCAGAAUUGCUCACAUUGCCCCCAGACACUUCCCCAGAGGUGCAUUGCAUGUUUGCAUUCUCUGGCCUUGGUCACAGUGGCUGGUCCGUCCUAGUGCUUGUCAAACCUGUAAAGAUACGAUGCUGAGUCCUAAUACCAAUUCUGAUCUUGAGCUCCGAAA